AUGGAUUUGGCGAAGUUGCAAAAGGUGGGGCCGCUGGAGAACUAUAAGCCGGAGGAACUCAUGAAGGAGUUCGACGGCGAGAUCAUGGCGGAAUUCGUUGAAAAGGAGAUGUCGGCAAUUACCGCCGAGGACAAGGCGACGAAGGUUGAGCGCCUACGACUGAGCGUGGCGUUCAACUUCUUACUCUCCGUUGAUGGUGACAGCUCGGAGGAGGCACGUGGAGGAAGCACGCAUUCCAAUGUGGUGCGCUUUGAGUCCCUGGUGGCCCACCCCGACGAAGUGGACUGGCGAAUCCAAGAGUGGAAGUGA